AUGUCUGCAGAUGUGACUGCCCCAUUCCUGUUCGAGUCACUUCCUGACCUUUGCCCAGGGGGUAGCACUUGGAGGAGGGGAAGGAGCCAGGACCAGCAUCUGGAAUCCCAUGUGUCUGCUGCUCUCCGGCAGUAUUCCUUCUAUCCAGGCAUUUCCUGCCUCCCGAUGGACAUUCCAGAACGGCUUUCAAACAAAAAGCCUUGGCAUCCACGGGAGGAAGGAGUGUACAGGCAGCAUGUGACUGGUUGGUUGUUCUCCCAUGUCGGUGACCCCUUCCUGGAUGACCCCCUGCCCCGAGAGUACGUGUUGUACCUACGGCCCACUGGCCCUUUGGCUCAGAAACUCUCUGACUUUUGGCAGCAAUCCAAGCAGAUCUGUGGGAAGAAUAAAGCACAUAACAUCUUCCCCCACAUCACCCUCUGCCAGUUCUUUAUGUGUGAGGACAGCAAGGUGGAUGCCCUGGGGGAGGCCCUGCAGGCCACUGUCAUGCGCUGGAAAUGCAAGUUCUCAGCCCCACUGCCCCUGGAGCUCUAUACCUCCUCCAACUUCAUCGGGCUCUUUGUGAAAGAGGACAGUGCAGAGAUUCUCAAGAAGUUUGCUGCUGACUUUGCUGCUGAGGCCGCAUCUAAAACUGAGGUGCACGUGGAACCCCAUAAGAAGCAGCUUCAUGUGACUCUGGCUUACCACUUCCAAGCCAGCCACCUGCCCACCCUGGAGAAACUGGCCCAGAAUAUUGAUGUCAAACUGGGCUGUGACUGGGUUGCUACCAUAUUCUCUCGAGACAUCCGAUUUGCUAACCAUGAGACGUUACAGGUGAUCUAUCCCUACACCCCGCAAAACGACGACGAGCUGGAGCUGGUUCCUGGAGACUUCAUUUUCAUGUCUCCCAUGGAGCAGACAAGUACCAGCGAGGGCUGGAUCUACGGCACGUCCCUCACUACUGGCUGCUCCGGGCUCCUGCCUGAGAAUUACAUUACCAAGGCGGAUGAAUGCAGUACCUGGAUAUUCCAUGGUUCCUAUUCAAUUCUGAGUACAUCAUCGUCCUCCAGCUCACUCAUGUUCAGCGAUGGCAUUUUGGAGAGGCGGCAGCAGGAGGAGCAGGGCCCAGGGGAUACGUCUCCCCUCACCAUCAUCUGCCAGCCCAUGCAACCCCUGCGAGUCAACAGCCAGCCUGGCCCCCAGAAGCGAUGCCUCUUUGUCUGUCGACAUGGCGAGAGGAUGGAUGUUGUAUUUGGGAAGUAUUGGCUAUCCCAGUGCUUUGAUGCCAAAGGCCGUUACAUCCGCACCAACCUGAAUAUGCCUCACAGUUUACCUCAAAGGAGCGGUGGUUUUCGGGAUUAUGAGAAAGAUGCACCAAUCACUGUGUUUGGAUGUAUGCAAGCCAGACUAGUAGGUGAGGCCUUGUUAGAGAGCAACACCAUUGUUGACCACGUCUAUUGUUCCCCAUCCCUGCGAUGCGUCCAGACUGCACACAACAUUCUAAAAGGUUUACAACAAGAAAAUCACUUGAAGAUUCGUGUGGAGCCUGGAUUGUUUGAGUGGACAAAAUGGGUGGCUGGAAAUACUUUGCCUGCAUGGAUAGCCCCAUCAGACUUAGCUGCUGCCAACCUGAGUGUUGAUACAACCUACAGACCUCAUAUACCAGUCAGCAAAUUAGUGAUUUCUGAGUCCUAUGACACAUACAUCAGUAGAAGCUUCCAGGUUACAAAAGAAAUCAUAAGUGAAUGUAAAAGUAAAGGAAAUAACAUCUUGAUAGUGGCCCAUGCGUCCUCUCUGGAAGCAUGCACUUGCCAGCUCCAAGGACUCUCCCCCCAGAACUCCAAGGACUUUGUGCAGAUGGUCCGAAAGAUUCCAUAUCUAGGGUUUUGUUCCUGUGAAGAAUUAGGAGAAACGGGAGUCUGGCAGCUGACAGAUCCACCCAUUCUCCCCCUUACACAUGGACCAACUGGAGGCUUUAACUGGAGAGAGACCUUGCUUCAGGAAUAA